UCCUCAAGAACAAAAAAACCCCACAUAUAUAAAAACUUACUUCUUCUCUUCAAAUUUCUCUGUUUCAACACAAUCUCAUCAACCCCAUCAUCAAAAACACAUUUAGGAUUCCACCAAAGACAAGUAGUGUUCUACACAACAACCAACAACAAAAGAAGCAGCAACAAGAGAAGCGGAAACAACAAUAAUACCGGCCGCUAUGUAAUAACAUGCGCGGCCGGAGACACGGUGGUGAUUGGUCUUGCCGCAGACUCGGGCUGCGGCAAGAGUACCUUCAUGAGAAGGCUAACAAGUGUGUUCGGGGGCGCCGCGGAGCCGCCCAAGGGCGGAAACCCGGACUCGAACACACUUAUCAGUGACACAACCACCGUGAUAUGCUUGGAUGAUUACCAUUCAUUGGAUAGAACUGGAAGAAAAGAGAAGGGUGUGACUGCACUUGAUCCAAGAGCCAAUGAUUUUGACCUCAUGUAUGAACAAGUUAAGGCUCUUAAGGAAGGAAUUGCAGUUGAGAAACCUAUUUACAACCAUGUCACUGGUCUCUUGGAUCCACCAGAAGUCAUCAAACCUCCCAAAAUCUUGGUCAUUGAAGGUUUGCAUCCAAUAGAGACAUGGCAGAGCGUGGACACAGUCUUGAAAGCAUCAAGGCUAGCAUUGAAGCAAGGAAGCCUGAUUUUGAUGCCUAUAUUGAUCCUCAAAAGCAAUAUGCAGAUGCAGUGAUAGAAGUGUUGCCAACUCAGCUGAUCCCAGAUGACAAUGAAGGGAAGAUUCUAAGAGUGAGGCUGAUACAGAAAGAAGGGAUUAAACACUUUAGCCCUGUUUAUUUGUUUGAUGAUGGUUCCACCAUUUCUUGGAUUCCAUGUGGAAGGAAGCUUACAUGCUCUUACCCUGGCAUCAAAUUCUUCUAUGGACCUGAUACUUACUUUGGAAAUGAGGUGUCAGUUGUAGAAAUGGAUGGUCAAUUUGACAGAUUAGAUGAACUAAUAUACGUAGAGAGCCAUCUAAGCAACCUGUCAACAAAGUUCUAUGGAGAAGUGACUCAACAGAUGUUGAAGCAUGCUGACUUCCCUGGAAGCAACAAUGGCACUGGUCUCUUCCAAACCAUUGUUGGUCUCAAGAUUAGAGACUUAUAUGAACAGAUCAUAACCUCCAAGGCUGAGACCCCUGUUGGAGCAGCUAAGGCUUAGAUCCAUUUCAUAUAUAUACAGCCAUUGAAUUUGAUGAUAUCAUUAGAUGAAAUCAAUCAUUUUCUUCUUCUUUUAAUCAAUGUUGGCUUCUUGUUUUGGUGAGAUCUUCUUCAUAAUGUAAAACACUCUUCUGUAUGUAUCUAUCUAUAUAUAUAUAUGUAUGUAUGUACAAUUAUCUUAUCUCUUGUAACUCAUAAUAUCUAGAAAAUAAAAAAAGUUAAAAACAAAA